AUGUUCCAGUGGGGGUUUGCCAGCCUCAACGGACUCGUCUUCCUCCUCUGGAAAGUGGCCUUCGGCGCCAAGGAUGGGGAUCUUCUUAGCUUCAUGAGUGACAACUUCCUGCUCAAUUUCGGCAAUCUGAACAGGCGGCGAUGGUGGACGUACCUUACCAGUGCUUUCAGCCACCAGUCUUUCAACCACUUGCUCCCCAACCUGCUGGCGUUCAACAACUACGUCCCGCUCGCACUUCGCUUUGGAAUGCAGCCUCUCGAGCUAGUACUACUGUCUUUUGGCUCCGCGAUCGCAGGUUCCGCUGCAUGUAUCACGCACUGGAGAAAGGAAAACAUUUAUUUUACAUCGUGCCUGGGAGCUAGUGGGGUUGUCUGGGGACUGGGGAUGACGGUCACAAUGUUAGGGCCACAAACCAUGAUUGUUUGUUGGCCAUUCCCGAGAAAGAUACAGCUGUGGAUGUUUACAUUGUGCUGCUUCUCGUACGACUUCUUCAGCCUUGGCGUGAAACGCUCGCGGAUUGGACAUGCGGCUCACCUUGGUGGCAUGGCGUUUGGUGCGGCGUUCUGUUUGGUCAGAAGGCAGAUCGAGAGGACCCGGGCACACUGA